CCUUCUGCAAAAUCAGCUGUGUUUGUUUACAUCACGAUUUGCGGAGUGUCGUAAUUCGCAAAAAUCAGCGAAGGUUUCGCUGAUCCUAUGAUUCCGAAAAUGUCGAGGCACGCCCUAAUAGGCGGCGGCACCGGCUUCAUUGGACGCAAUCUGGCCAAACAUUUGACACAAAAGGGCUACGAUGUGACGGUCAUUUCCCGGAUGCCCGGUUCCAAGCGCAUCACCUGGCACGAGCUGGAGAAGAAUGGGAUUCCUGGGUCCGUCAACGCUGUGGUAAAUGCCACUGGCCAGAAUACCCUGGAUCCAACACGCCGCUGGACCCCUGGAUUCCAGCAAAACGUGUGGAACUCCCGCAUCAACUCCUCCAAAACUUUGGCUCAGGCCAUUAAGGCGGCUCCCCAGGUCACCUCCUUUGUGAAUCUCUGCGGUGUUAGUCACUAUCCGCCAUCGGAGUCCAAGGUUUACACCGAGGAGGACAAGGUGCAGGGGUUCGACUACAUGUCCAGAUUGUGCCUGGCCUGGGAGGAGGCUGUCCACACUGGCGGCGAGCAGGUCUGCAAGUCUACCAUCCUCAGAUGUGGUGCUGUUGUGGGACAUGGCGGAGGAAUGAUUCAGUCCAUGUGGCUGCCCUUCAAACUGGGAGUGGGAGGUCCCUUGGGCAGUGGCAAGCAGACAAUGCCCUGGAUUCAUCUUCACGACCUGUGCAGUCUGAUUCAGUACAUCGUAGAGAAAUCUCUGCCAGGAGUGGUCAACGCGGUGGCCCCUGAAAUAGUUACCAACUUGGAGUUCAGCAAAGCCUUUGCCAAAGCCCUCCACCGCCCUUGCAUCUUCAGCGUUCCCGAGUUUGUGGUCCAUGCAGUCUUUGGAAAGGAGCGGGCCGCCCUGGUGUUGAGUGGAGCCAAAGUCCAGCCCCAAAAAGCUAUCUCCUCUGGCUUUAGGUUUCAGUAUCCCACCGUCAAAGAGGCCGUGACUCAACUGACCCUCAAAAGCUGAACUGAGUCGACAUUGAACGCGGCUAAACCUCUUUUUGGUUAAAAGUUGGCUGUACAUUAGUAGAUGGUGGUACCAAGCGCAAAUUAAAACGAAUUUCUGCGAGCGGGUGCGAUUGACGAAUCACCACCGAAAAUAUA